GAAUUAGGAAUUUUCUAUCGCUAUAGAUUAUUUUUAUAAUCGUUAAAUAGACUAGUAGAGACAGAAAAGCUAUUUCUCGUUAGGCCCACGUACGACGAGGCGACAUGGAGCUCAUCUUCAGUCUGCUCUUCCUUCUUUCAGCGUUCGGUAUGGGUCACGGUCGGGUCAGGGGCCGGCAGAUCUGUAACGUGGACUGCAGCAACAAGAUGGCUCCCGUGUGUGGCAGUGACGGCAUUAUUUACACCAGCACCUGUGACCUCAAGAGACUCAACUGUGGGCAAGGCGUCUUCGUCGUGGAUCCCGCCAAGUGCGAACGAUCGCGCGGCGCGUCGUGCAAGCAUCGCUGCGCCAACACCUACGAUCCCGUGUGUGGCUCCGACGGCCGCACCUACCUUAACCGCUGCAUCCUCAGGGUGGAGGAGUGCCGGGUGGAGGAGUUACGUCGCUCUGUGUCAUGCGCAUGCGCACCUGCAAGUACGUCGCUCUGUGACAUGCGCAUGCGCACCUGCAAUCAAAACGUGGUACCGACUUCGCACGCUCACUGCCAAACAACUAAGCGCUGCGACGAUGUCUGCCCAUACUCCUACAAGCCGGUGUGUGGCUCCGACUCCCGCAUCUACAACAGCAAGUGCCAGAUGAAGGUUAAGAACUGCGGGCGCCACAUCUUCGAGACGCCGAUGGUUCACUGCCGACCUCAGGAACGCACCACGGGAGGCUGUCCCAUCUCGUGCGAGGCUGUCCCCCAUGACCCCGUCUGCGGGUCCAACGGCCGCCUCUACGACAGCGAGUGUGACAUGGAGCGACUUAACUGCGGCCUGGGGGGCGCAGGGCGUGUGUUCCCCGUGAGUCUAGAGAAGUGCCGCAAGAAGAUGGACAGCUGUGAGCGCAUCCAGUGUCCAUUCACGCUGGACCCUGUCUGUGGCACGGACAGCACCACUUACGUCAACUACUGUCACCUGCACAAGGCAACGUGCAAGAAGGGCGUGGAGCUUGCUCACUACGGUGAGUGUCCUGACAUGAGCAUCAGGGAGAACUGCGACGCUGAGUGUCAGGACCAAGAGAGCACGUACCCGGUGUGUGGUUCUGACGGUAACGUCUACAAGUCUACGUGUGACAUGCACAAGCGAACCUGCGGCCAGAAGGUGGUGGCGGUAGCGCUGCAUCACUGCGAGGCCACCAAGCACUGCGUCCUGGAGUGUAGGGGCGACAACGUGGCGGUGUGUGGCUCUGACAACAAAAUGUACCGCAACAAGUGCGAGAUGAAGACCAAGAACUGCGGGCAACACGUGUACGAGGUGCCACUCAAGCAGUGCCUGUCGGGCUUCCACUUUCUGAGUUGCCUGCGCUUCUGCCCGAAGACGUUCGAGCCCGUCUGUGGGACCGACGGCAAGACCUACAGCAACGAGUGCUUCCUGAAGAUGGAGAACUGCAGGGCACGGAGCCUCGGACGGUCCUUCGUCAAUAGGAUCUACCACGGCAAAUGCGGCUACCCGCAACCGCAGCCCAAGCUUUAUAUGUUCAGAUAGACAUGGUACCGGUCUCGUACUACCAUUCCUACCAUGCUCUCGACAAUAUCAUAACUUCGAUCCUAGUAGCAGCGAAAAAAAUACUUUUAGAAGGUCGCAAAAAUUUUUUUAUUAUGCUGAAAAUAUUGCAUUGUGUUUACUGAUUUACAAUUUUCUGAAGAAAAUACGAGAAGUCAGUAAUGCUGUACAUCCUAAAAGCUAAAAGCAAAUGGUAUCAAAUUUGUUUGUUAUUAGGGCUUUUAAAGAACUCUGAGGCAUUACAUUAUUUUCGUGUAGUUAGCUAGAAAUUUCCAAGCGAACAUGUUAUUUCCUUGAAUUAGUUUUGCAUUAGCAUCGUUCGAAUUUUUUAUGAACCUGCCUUCUAAUUUACACAAGAAAAUCUAUUGUACAUAAGAUCUUUGUUAGGGAGAUCGGAUUUUCGCUUGCCUCUAUUAAUACUUUUUUUUCGCACGAUAUUUUGAAUUUAUUUGAAAGUUCAUUGGACGACUUUCGUUAUUUACAGUUCUUUCUCAUCAAAAAUAAGAAGCAGUACUUUGUACACCGGGUUGUCCACAAAUUUUUAUUGAAUAUUAUUCCAAGAAGCGUAAAUUCUAUGCUAAUUAACAUUGAAUUAAGUGUUUGGUAUAUUCAUGCCCGAAACUUUGUUCAUGCCCCCGAUUAUUCUCAGUCGAGAAUUACGAAACUAAAACUAAGUCUCACGUCCUAAAUUACUGCUAUCCAUUUGGUAGACUAUUUUUUCCGAUGCUUCAUGGUUUUUUCGCAAACGUUAUCAAGUAAAAUCAUAGCUCGUGUAAUUGCAAAAACAAUAAAAUAAUUAAGACACGUAUAGUGGAGAAGCAUCUAAAAUGCCACAACAUUUUGUCCAUUUUCUCGCCUAAUUUUUCGUCAUGCUUGGUUUCGCUUAUAUAGUUUACUCAUGUUAUAAAAUAGUGCUUAGCUUGCCGUGUAUGUUAAUCAGAGUUAUGCUCAGUGAAUAGCUGUCAUUUUCACCUGCGUGAUCUUCAUGAUUGUUCUUUUUAAAUUCCGUUUAUUGUCAACUCGAAUGAGAUAUAAUUUUGAUGUGGACUAGUGAACCUGAAAGAAAUUUAUCUGAAGAAAACAAGUUUACGGAAUGCCUAUUUUGAAAAUUAUGCGGAACAAAUUACUUAUCGUUUCCGUUAAAAUUAGGUUUUAUUCGCUCACAGACCAAGCUGUCACACUAUGUAUCGGUCAAGAAUAUUAAGCUCUUAUCUGUGAAUGUACGUCGGCUUUUACCUUUCUUGCGUACUGUUGAACAACUUGUGAUAGUUAGUUACCCAUGAUCAAAUUAUUGUUAAUAUUGCAAGUUCGACGUUCGUUACCGCUGGAGACUGCAGGAGUUUUUUAUUAUUGGUGUGUUUUAAGUUAUUUAAGCGAGGAAUUGUCUUAUUUUACUAAGGCUUGUUCUUUUAUUUAUUGUUGUUAUAAUCUAUGUUAUUCAAACUAGAAAUCCGACAUGCUAUGGACUUUUAGUGAUAUGGUCUUGUGCCUGCCUGGUAGAUCUUUUCCAAUAAAACCCGUAACACAGAA